CACCAGAGGAACACUGUGUCAAAUCCAGCCCCUGAUGGCCCCAUCCGCCCCAUUCCCUUUGAGGGUAUGCCUUUAUCCCUCCUCCUCCUUUCAGGUCUCUUAAAACAGAGGUAUUUCAGAGAGAGGGAGAAAGAAAGCUAGUAUCAGUUACAGCACAAGGCCAGAGCAGAGUCUUUGUUCAAAGACACUGAGGUGAUGGACAAGAACAUGGCAGCAUUUGGUCUAGGACUGCUUCUCUUCGGUUUGGCUGGAGUGGGGCACUCGUGCCUGGAUCCUGCUUCGGCCUACAGGUUCACUGGAGUUGUGUGCAGGCUCACCUACCCGGCUGCUGCAGUCUUGAACGAGAAGACUACAGAAGUGAUCAAGGCUGCUUUCCAACAUGCCAAAUACCCCAAUAUUGAGGGUGAGAAGUCCAUGUCAUUCAUUGGCAAACUGAAAUAUGGAUUGCACAAUUUGGAGAUCCACAACUUGUCAAUUGGGAGGAGUGACUUUGAGCUGCGGGAGAACAUAGGCAUAGGAAUUGACAUCUCCAAUGUUUCUGCUGUUUUCAAGGGAACCAUCAAAUACUUAUAUGGCGGUGCUCUCUUCACAGUGGGCCAUUCAAUUGAUUUUGAAAUUGAGUCCAAGAUUGACCUGGCCAUCAAUUCCAAGCUAUACUGUGGAAAUGGCAAAGUGGCUGCAGACACCUCAGACUGCUACCUUACCUUCCACAAGCUGAAGCUUCUUCUGCAGGGUGACCGAGAGCCUGGCUGGAUAAAGAAAGUGUUCACAGAUUUCAUCACCUUCACAAUGAAGCUUGUUGUAAAGGGACAAAUCUGUAAGGAAAUAAACAAGGUGGCAGACAUACUAGCAAACUUCAUACAGGAAACGGCAGAGGAGUUUCUGAGUGAUGGUGACAUCCAUGUGGAUAUUGACGUGACCUCUGCCCCAGUCAUCACUUCCAAUUACAUAGAGUCAUACCACAAGGGUCUCGUGACCUAUAAUGGCUCAACCUCAGUGGUCAGUGCCUCCGUGUUUAACCCAGACCAGCUCUCAGAGGACCGCAGCCUUCACUUCUGGAUCUCUGAUGACAUUCUGAACCCCCUCAUGACUGCAGCCUAUGACGACAGACGAUUUGUCCGUAACAUUUCAGGAGAAGACCUCAGAUUCCUGUUCCAGACAGAGCUAUCCACAGCCAGGCCUGAGUUACUCAACAAGUGGCUGUCCUCUGAGGAGCCGUUGUUGAAAACAUGGAGUGCAUUGGUUCCCCGUCUCUGGACGACCACUCAGGGCACGUCAGUUAAAGCAGUGGCUGCGGUGGAGCUCUCAUCUGCCAAAGAGGACACGCCUCCUGCACUUUACUUUGAGACGGAAGUGGAAGUCCUUGUGAGGGCUUCCUAUGCUGAUAAGAAUCUCAUCCUGAAUUGUACAGCAGCGCAUAUAUCCAUAUCAAAGGUUUCCACUUCACCAGACGUUUCUGAGAUGGAGAAGAGCUUAAAUGCUUAUCUUCAGGAAGCCGUUGAAAAGAUUGGUAUCACCAAAGUCAUUUCCUACCUAGAGCCAGAAUUAACUGCUCUGAUGAACGAGCAAGGACUCCAUCUCUUUGAUAUCAUCAACCCUGAAGUAAUACCUCAAAAUGGCUAUGUUUUAAUACAAAUGGACUUUGGUUUUCCUCACCAUCUGCUGGUGGAGUUCCUCAUGAAGACUCUGGAUUGACAUAAACAAUAUAUACAUAUAAUAUAUGUAUAAUAUCUACACACACACACACACACACACAUAUAUAUAUAUAUAUAGGUUCUUGACCUCUUCUCAAAACCACCAGCAUUCCUGUUAAUUUAAUAAAGUAUUGAUUGAAGCAAAUCUGGCAUUGGAUGACAACUACAAAUAAUUGUAAACAAUUGACUGCAAAAAGGAGAGCUUUUUGUUUUUUUUUGUUUUUUUUUAUGUAUUAAUGUUUUUUAUUUGUUCUAUCAUUAGUGUGUUUAUUAGCAAAGAAACCAGUGCUGCCCAGAUAAAUAUCUUUUAAAAUGUAUUUUCCUCAGGUGCCUUUAGUCUUUUUGCUCAAUACUGUGUAUUUCUCACUUUGGUGUCUUGGUAAAAGCAGUAAUGCAGUUGUUACAGAAUAUAAAAAUCCACAUAUGUGAUUAAUUUUACUCUGAUAAGAGUUAACCAUCCAUGUGUGCAGUUUAAACCGAUGUUAGAUUCCUCUUUCCUGCCUAGACUUGUAAUACAUGUUCUUAAGAACCAAAGAAUGUGUCUCACAGUAAUUUAGGCAUCCAAAAAUAAACUUUAAACCAUGUAGCUUUUGUUAGUUAAGUGAUUAUAACAUAAUAAGUAUGUGAUAUCAGAAUUAGAAUGAGCCACCAAGAACUAUCAUCCCAUAAGCAAAAGAUAUAUAUUUCCAUAUAUUUUUUCAAAAUAUUGUCACGUGUAAUAUACUUCCAUAUAUGUUUGACAUACAGUAUAUGUAAAUAUCAAAAUUUGACUCUAUUACAUGUAUUUCAUCUACAACUGUGCACAUAUUUCAAUAUAUUGACAUAUAUAGUGCUUUGCAAAAGUGUUCAAUCCUCUUAAAAGUCAUUAGAGUCAUUUGGAUUACAAAUGAAACUUUGA